CUACUAUUUUAAGGAGUAAAAUAAUAUUUGAUUACAGUUUAUAAAGCAAUCAAUUACUCAUUAUAUUGUUAUUAUAUAUACAAGAUAAGAUAUAUAGUAAGGAGAAAGCUUCACCGCCAUUGUACUACAACUCCUUCUUCUUCUUCACCCUAUUCAUCCAAAAACAUAAGUGCUCCAUUUGAAUCCAAAAAAAUAUCAAUCCAACAGUAAUGUCUCAAGAAAAGCAAAAUAAAAUAGAGUAUACUCCUCAUGGUCAUAGCCAAAAGCCUCAUGUUGUAUUAGUACCAUUUCCAGCACAAGGUCAUGUGAACCCUUUCAUGCAAUUAGCCAAACUCCUACGUUGCAACGGUUUUCACAUAACCUUUGUGAACACUGAAUUCAACCACAAACGUUUGAUAAAAUCUCUUGGACAAGACUUUGUGAAUGGUCUACCAGAUUUUCAAUUUGAGACCAUACCUGAUGGUUUGCCAGAGUCAGAUAAAGAUGCAACACAAGAUAUUCCAACGUUGUGUGAUGCAACUAGAAAAAAUUGUUAUGCUCCUUUCAAAGAGCUUAUCAAUAAGCUUAACACCUCAUCACCUCAUAUUCCAGUUACUUGCAUAAUUGCUGAUGGCAUAAUGGGAUUUGCUGGAAGAGUGGCUAAGGAUUUAGGCAUUAAAGAGCUACAGUUUUGGACUGCUUCUGCUUGUGGCUUUGUCGGAUAUUUGCAAUAUGAUGAGCUUGUUAAAAGAGGAAUUCUUCCAUUCAAAGAUGAAAAUUUUAUUGCCGAUGGCACCUUGGAUACAAGUUUAGAUUGGAUCUCUGGAAUAAAAGACAUCAGAUUGAAAGACCUUCCAAGCUUCAUGAGAGUCACCGAUCUAAAUGAUAUUAUGUUUGAUUUCUUUUGUGUUGAGCCACCAAAUUGUGUGAGAUCAUCAGCAAUCAUCAUUAACACAUUUGAAGAAUUAGAAGGUGAAGCCCUGGACACCCUUAGGGCCAAAAACCCUAACAUAUAUAGCAUUGGCCCACUUCACAUGCUUGGUAGGCAUUUUCCUGAGAAAGAAAACGGUUUUGCAGCAAGUGGUUCAAGUUUUUGGAAAAAUGACUCUGAAUGCAUAAAAUGGUUGAGUAAAUGGGAACCUGGCUCAGUACUAUAUAUUAAUUACGGAAGUAUAACUGUUAUGACAGAUCAUCACUUGAAAGAAUUUGCUUGGGGAAUAGCAAAUAGCAAAUUACCAUUUUUGUGGAUUAUGAGACCAGAUGUAGUAAUGGGUGAAGAGACUUCAUCUUUGCCUCAAGAGUUUCUAGAUGAAGUUAAGGAUAGAGGAUACAUAACUAGUUGGUGCUAUCAAGAUCAGGUGCUUUCUCAUCCAUCAGGGGGAUUCUUGACUCAUUGUGGUUGGAAUUCUACACUUGAAACUAUUUCCUAUGGUGUGCCUACUAUUUGUUGGCCUUUCUUUGCUGAGCAACAAACAAAUUGUAGGUAUUUAUGCAACACUUGGAAAAUAGGGAUGGAAAUUAACUAUGAUGUGAAAAGAGAAGAGAUAAGAGAACUUGUGAUGGAAAUGAUGGAAGGAGAAAAAGGAAAAGAAAUGAGACAAAAGAGUUUGGUGUGGAAGAAGAAAGCUACAGAUGCUACUAAUUUGGGAGGAUCAUCAUACAUUAAUUUCUAUAAUUUAAUUAAAGAGCUUCUUCAUCACAAUGCUAUUUGAGUUAUAUUAUAAUCGGUCGAAUGUGAAAUAUAUAUUGUUCUAUUACUUUUAGUUAUAAUAUUUCUUGUUUGAUAAUCAACAAUCAUUGUCAUGUUGACCAUUAUUAAUUUGGUGUUAUCUUGCAUUAGUACACAGAGAA